AUACAAUCUUAUUCCACAGACAAAAACCCUCUUCCUAUCUCGUUAAUGGCAAUGAAGAGUCUCUCAUUUCUUGCAGCUCUAUCUCUCUUGGCUUUAACACUUCCAUUAACCAUUGCUUCUGAUCCAAGCCAACUUCAAGACUUUUGUGUCAGCGCCAACAGCUCAGCAAAUGGCGUUUUUGUUAAUGGAAAGUUCUGCAAGGACCCAAAGCUGGUCACAGCAGAUGACUUCUUUUUCCCAGGGCUUCAAACUGCAAGACCCAUAACAAGUCCUGUUGGGUCGACCGUGACAGCCGUCAAUGUUAACAACCUUCUUGGGUUAAACACUCUUGGAAUCUCCCUUGUCCGUAUUGAUUAUGCGGUUGACGGACAGAACCCACCUCACACCCACCCACGUGCCACGGAGAUCUUGGUUGUCGAACUAGGAACACUUCUCGUAGGGUUUGUUACAUCAAACCCCGAUAAUCGCCUAUUCACUAAAGUUCUCAACGAGGGUGAUGUAUUUGUGUUUCCAGAGGGACUCAUCCAUUUUCAAGCAAACAUUGGCAAGGCACCAGCGGUUGCAUUCGCCGCUCUAAGCAGCCAAAACCCUGGUGUCAUCACUAUUGCACCAACCGUGUUUGGGGCUAACCCAGCCAUCAACCCAAAUAUUCUUGCAAAGGCGUUCCAGGUUGACCCAAGGGUUGUCAUGGAUCUACAGACCAAGUUCAAGAAAUAAUAAUAUCGUACUUUUGAAUUGCUAUCCCUUUAUAUAUUUGUGCCUGAAUAAGGAUCGUGUUUCUCCGUCCAUCCUUUCGUGACAUGAUCUGUUUCUUUGCUUCACCUUGAUUCAAUUCUAAAUAAAUUAAUAUUUGCACAUAUGUUUUUAAAAAUGUAUUCAUGUUCCUAAUGUCAGUUUGGAAAUUC